UUUCGUAGACGGAAGCCGCACCCUGCACAGAUAGUGGACAGUGUCGAUAGUAAAUUCACUUGUUUGGCUAAAGGCAGUUUUUUAAAGAAUUUGUGCUCGUAUGAAUCCCUAACGAUAGGUUAUUAGAACAUUUUUAAAUGUGAUUAUUUAGAAACAAUAACUAAUAGUGCGAUAGCGGUAAUAAAGAGUGUGUGCUGUGGUUUGCAACUCAUUUUUGCAACCGACGAGUAGGAGCUGGCUGGAUUAGGAAUUGACGUGUUGGAAAGGAGCUCCUGUCGGUUUGCAAAACGACUGAGCAAGUAUGAAUGAGUUGGACAGUUUACGACAAGAAGCUGAAACUUUGAAGAAUGCCAUACGAGAUGCGCGGAAAGCAGCUUGUGACACAAGCCUGGUGCAGGCGACUAGUAAUAUGGAGCCGAUCGGAAGGAUACAGAUGCGGACCCGACGCACACUCCGCGGCCAUCUUGCCAAAAUCUACGCCAUGCACUGGGGCUCUGACUCAAGGAAUUUAGUAUCAGCGUCACAGGAUGGCAAGCUCAUAGUAUGGGAUAGUUAUACAACAAACAAAGUUCAUGCAAUCCCUCUGCGUUCAAGUUGGGUGAUGACUUGUGCCUAUGCGCCUUCAGGAAGUUACGUAGCUUGUGGAGGCCUUGACAACAUCUGCUCCAUAUACAGUUUGAAAACAAGAGAAGGAAACGUUAGAGUUAGCCGAGAAUUGCCCGGACACACAGGCUACCUAUCAUGCUGCCGUUUCCUCGACGACAACCAAAUAGUUACCAGCUCAGGGGACAUGUCAUGGUUAGUAAAUCAUUUAUUUUAUGUUGAAUGCAUAUCCUAUCCAUUAAAAAUUCACAAUUAUAUAUUUAUAGAUUGCACUUCAGAGUGCGUAAAAUUAUGGGAUAUUAGAGAAGGUUCAUGCAAGCAAACGUUUCCAGGCCAUGAAUCUGAUAUUAACGCAGUAACAUUUUUCCCGAACGGAUUCGCAUUCGCAACUGGUUCAGAUGACGCGACAUGCCGCCUUUUUGAUAUCCGCUCUGACCAGGAGCUGGCAAUGUACUCGCACGAUAACAUUAUUUGCGGAAUAACAUCAGUAGCUUUCUCGAAAUCCGGUCGACUGCUGCUCGCUGGCUACGACGACUUCAACUGCAACGUCUGGGAUUCAAUGAAGACCGAACGAGCGGGUAUUCUGGCUGGACAUGACAACCGAGUGAGCUGUUUGGGAGUGACUGAAGACGGAAUGGCUGUGGCGACUGGAUCCUGGGACAGUUUCCUCAGAAUUUGGAACUAAACUGGCAGUGACUGACAAAUUAAUGUCAUGUUGUUUUUUUAAAGAGGGACAACAUGUUUCCUAUUGUAUAGAGAGGGCAGGUCGUAAGCACCAUGAAUAUUCCAGUUUAUUAAUUACAAACAUCUACAGUAGACCCCAUAAAGAGUUCGGGCUUUAAGAAGCAUAUAAAUAUAUACAUAUUGCUAGUAAUUGUCGAUAAUGUGAAAAAUUUAACCUUAAAUUGGGGAGAAACGAACGUGUAGGUUAUGUUUUGUUGUGGGGUCACUGCUGGUCAUUGUGUUUUAAAUAAAUAAUUACUAAAUAAGUAAAUGUCGAGAAUUGUCAAGGUGGUUGGUUGAAACUUACUCUCUUUCCAAAUUGAUUCACUAUCAUCAUAGUGUUAUCUUCAACCAUUCUGUUUUUUAAAAUCAAGUAUAGUUUGAAUAUCUGUUGAAAUUUGCCAUUUUUAUAAAAAUCAUUCUUUGUACAUAGGAUCGAUAUUAAUGGAAACAUUUAUCAUGUAAACGUGCAAGUGCUGAUACUAGAUUGUACAUUUUAGCGUAUUGUUUUUGUACACUAACUAUCUUCAUCGAGUGAUGAUAAUCACAACGUCUCCUUUUUAAACGUUUUAUCUGUGAAAACCGUCAAAAUGAAACCAGUACCACCUGUUUGAAAAGUAAAUUGAAUAGUAAAGGGGCUACUGCUACUAUCUAGUCAGAAAUUGUUCUGUGCUCUCAGUUGUGUAUCCACGAAGCUGUUGUAUAGGGACCAUUUAAAAGAAUUUUCAUUCAAAUACUGUUGACAAACAAAAGAAGCUUUCUAUGAUUUUGUCACCACUUGGAUUCAGUUUUGCAUUCGAACAAAUCGAUGACAAUUUCCGUGUGUCGCAUCAUGUGUGCUUUAUGUAGGGACAUCAUGAGGGGUUUGAAAAAUAACUGCCAUUCGUUUAAGUAUAAAAACGUUUUUUGGGAGAGAUUUAUAUAGUCGUUGAUAUGAAUGUACAAUUACAGUUUAAUCAGUUUAGAGUUUGAGCUGUGAAAACAAAACAAAACAAAAGUAUGUAAUCGAUGACUGUUUAGCGCCCGCGCCCCCACCCUCUCCCACCCACCCUUCCUCCUCCACCCUUUUUGUAUAUCACUAUGGAGUAUGUAUUUACUAACAUCAAGUGUGGCUUUCAAAUAUUUACUUUUUUAAUGGACAUUUCUCACUUUAUUUAUUUCUGUGAUGUGAUUUUGGGUCGUAAUUAUAAUAUAUUCGAAUAUAAUAUUUCUUUAUUUAAAUGAAAUUAGCUUUGCGAUCGCAUAUAAAAUUAGUCUAGAUCUGGGAUUAUGUUUUGGAUCGUUUGUAAAAAGUGUGCGAAUGUGAACCAUACAUAUUGAUUACUAUUGUGUAUAAGCGUUAUUACUUAUUGGUAAGCUGAGUGAAUGUUGAGCAAACAAACGAAACAGAAAUAAUGAUAAUGUGAGUGGACGAGCGCCCCGCCAACGUUGAAACUGACCAUUUGGUUGGCGCGCUCGGCUAGGUUUUCAAGUAAUUCUAUAAACAUAAAAUAUUCUUUGUGCGAAUGGUUUUUUAGGUUUAGUGUUAAAUGUAUGUACCAUUAAUAUAUUAUAUAUGGAUUGUACGAGUGGUAAGCAGAUUUUAAUUUAUCGUGAUACACGUGCUGAACAGUCGUCGCGCCGUGUGUGUGCUUGUGCGCGUGCGUGCGAGUGGAAGGCGACGCCGGGCGAAGGUCUCACAAGUGCUGCUACGAGUUUGAAAAAAUCAUUAUCCGGAGUGGCGGCUGAACACUCGGGUAUGGGCUCAGGGUGUUUUUAAACUCGGAGCAACGCCGGCCUUCCAGCAUCCAGCAACGCCGCUACUUUCACCCAGUUAUCGCAUAUCAAAACGAACCAAUAGGCGUGCGCCCGCCUUACCUUCCCAGCACCACAACAACAGCAACAACCUAUUCUAUCAUUGUAAAAUAUAACCUCAUUUCCACAUAAAAGACCCAACAAUAUAGCGUUUGUUGUGUCUGUCUCUCUCAGAUGGAAUUUGUAUGUGAGUGUUCUCUACUUAUUGUGAAUCAUGAUAUUUCAACUCAUAAUUAACUGUUUAUGUAGUUUUGAAUAAUGAAUUGUACGAUAGACGCGCUCUGCCAGGACGGGGGGAGUGGUGCUGCUGCUGCUGCUCCCCAGCUGCUGCUGACCAAUCACAGCUGCUCUUUCUGUUCAUCUUCACUCGCAACUUGUAUCGUUCUUAUAAACAAUAUCAAUAUAGCAUUUGUAUACACAAAUUAUAAGAAAAGUAUUCGCUAUUAAACUAUACUAAAUUCCAUAUCGGUCAAUCGCAACUGUUUCCCAAACCGAUUUCAUAUUUACUUUCAAAAUUUCAACGCAUCAUCAAUAUCACCGUAUUGAUAAAAAAUAAUGAAAGUAAAUGGUUACUAUUGAAUGAUGUACAUGUAUGAGCCGUCUGCCGGCUGCCACCUGUCUUCAUGUUCAUCAAUAUUAUUAUAGUUACUUAUAAAAUCUAAACAUGUAGUUGUGUUCUCUUUUUUGUAUUACAAUACGAUCUGUUAUAAACAAAUUGAGAAAAAUUUUGCAAAUGCUGUUAGCUUAUGAAUGACUGUGUUGUUUUGUUGUGAUUUGUCUCUUGUAAAGUAAACUAUACAAUCUCACAUGUCCAUAAAUAAAGCUACUUGUCUUUAAAAAGAA